AUGACGACAAUGUUGUUGUUAAUGAUGACGGUCGUAAUGACAACGAUGCCGUUUGCCUUAAUGACGACGAUGACGUUGAUGAUGAUGAGGGUCGUCAUGACGACGACGUCGUUUUUGAUGACGACAAGUCGUAAUGAUGACGAUGCUGCUGUUGAUAAUGACGGUCGUAAUGACGACGAUGUCUUUGUUUAUGAUGACGAUGUCGUUCUUGAUAAUGGCGGUCGUAAUAACGACGAUGUCGUUCUUGAUAAUGACGAUCGUAAUGACGAUGUUUUUGUUGUUGAUGAUGACGGUCGUAAUUACGACGAUGUUGCUGUUGAUGAAGACGGCCGUAAUGGCGACGAUGUUGUCGUUGUUGAUGACGACGGUCGUAAUGACGACGAUGUUGUUGUUGAUGAUGAUGGUCGUAAUGACGACGAGGUUGUUGUUGAUGAUGAUGGUCGUAAUGACGACGAGGUUGUUGUUGAUGACGACGGUCGUAAUGACGACGAUGUUGUUGUUGUUGAUGACGGUCGUAAUGACGACGAGGUUGUUGUUGAUGAUGAUGGUCGUAAUGACGACAAUGUCGUUUUUAAUGAUGACGGUCGUAAUGACAAUGUCGUUGCUUAUGAUGACAGUCGUAAUGACGACUAUUUUGUUGUUGAUGAUGAUAAUGAUGACAAGCAGAAGUUCAUUGAUUGUUUUGUUUUGUUUAGCUUAAUAUAUUAG